AUGCUUCGACGCGCCAAAUGUCUUCAUGGUGUCAUCCCCGGGCAUGGUUCACUUGGGCAGCUGCAAUCGACGUCCAGAUAUCGCUCCUAUCGGAAAAUCAACAGCGCAGAUGACGACGGCCGUCGGAAAAGAGAGGAGGGUCAAGAUGGGUAUUUGCAGUUGCACAAGAGCAAAGGCCAACACCUCUUAACCAAUCAACGUAUUCUCGACAGCAUUGUUCGAAAAUCCGCAAUUAAACCCACAGACACCGUCCUCGAGAUCGGACCCGGCACUGGAAAUCUUACCCUCAAGCUUCUGGAAGCUGCCAAGAGCGUCGUGGCCGUCGAAAUUGAUAAGCGGAUGGUGGAGGUCCUCCAAAAACGUGUUGCGGAGUGUGGGGUUCAAGAUAGGUUGACUGUUAUAUGUAAAGAUGCACUGAAGGCAGAGUUUCCUCCGUUUGAUAUUGUCGUGGCGAACAUUCCGUACGGAAUAUCUUCGCCCCUGGUGGCUAAAUUGGUGUAUGGGGCAAGGUCAUUUCGGAGUGCCACGCUUCUACUUCAAAAGGAGUUUGCAAGGAGAUUGAUGGCUAAGCCUGGAGACUCUGAGUUCAACCGGUUGGCUGUGAAUGUGAAGCUGGUGGCUAAUGUGGAGUUUGUCAUGGAUGUGAGCAAGAGGGAGUUUGUUCCUUGCCCGAAAGUCGAUUCGUCGGUGGUUAUAAUUCGUCCGAAAGCUGAAGUUCCAAACGUUAAUUUGGAUGAAUGGUGGGCUUUUACAAAGGCUUGUUUUGGUAACAAGAAUAAGACACUUGGGGCGACGUUCAAGCAAAAGAAGAAGGUGAUGGAGCUGUUGCGGUUGUCCAAAUUAGCAGGCUCAGAUGGUGAAACUGACAAUUAUAUUUGCAGCAACGACGACAACGGGGAUGGAGGAGAGAGCGAUGACGAGGAGCUUUCUUCAUCGUCUUGCUCGGAAAUGGGAGCGAGUUCCUUCAAGGAGAAGUUAAUGGGGAUUCUGAAAUCAGCUGAUUUUGAGGACAAGCGGCCUUCAAAGCUGUCCAAUGAGGAGUUGCUGCAUCUGCUUGCAUUGUUUAAUCAAGCAGGAAUAUAUUUUCAUGAUCAGUCCGAGAGUAGGAAUGCUGAAAAAGAAUCAUUUUCUGUUGCUUACAGUUGA